UGUUAAACGGUUUUGUUUGUUCAGGUUUGCGCACUAACUCGUGAGAGCCUGCUGUAACUGCGCUUCGAGAAUCUGCUGGUUGGUGUCAUGGCUGCUCGUGCAUUUAAAAAGUUCGCCCCUCUUUAUGACCGUGUUUUGGUCCAACGUUUUGAAGCUGAAACCAGAAGUAAAGGUGGGAUCAUGAUACCGGAGAAGGCUAAAGGCAAGGUUCUUGAAGCAACUGUGGUCGCGCAUGGUCCUGGAUCGAGAAAUGAAAAAGGUGAAGUUGUUCCUGUGUGUGUCAAUGUUGGUGACAAGGUUUUCCUUCCUGAAUACGGUGGUACUAAAGUCGUACUGGACGAAGAUGAGUAUUUUCUUUUCCGAGAAACUGACAUUUUGGCCAAGUUCGAAAAUUGACCGGUGUUUUAGAUCUAGUCCCCACACCUUUGUACACUGAUUAUUCAAAUACCAUAGUUUUUCAUUUCUAA